CCAAAACUAAAAAAUAUUUUUCUUCUAUUUCAGAUACCAACGGGUCCACAACAACAUCGCCAAAGGGAGACAACAUACAGUAAAACUCACAAGUUAGAAAGAGAUAGCACGAUAUCACUUUGCUCAGCUUCAUAGAAUAGCAAUUAAUGGAAAUUAUUGGUGUUUGCUUCCUUGAAUCUGGAAUGAAGACUAUUUUGGCUGCUAUUAAGGCAUUAUACUGACCAUUGGAGAUAUAUUUGAUAAACGACUUUACGUCGUUAAUGGAGCCGUAGUACAACGCCCCGCCCGUAGGCCGCUUGCUACCCCACGAAUCGAGAGGUUCACCCAACGUCCCUUGUGCCACAUGGAGCCCAUUCUCGCGCAACCAACAUAUUUGAUUGGAAACCGCUUCACGAAGAAAUCCUUCCCGGGAAACUUCCCCCGUCUGCAGUAUCACCAUUGUCGUUCUAACACAAACAUGCUAUUGAAAAUAGAAAACGAAUUACUACAGAGUCACCGUCAAAGAGAAACGACCGGUAUCAAAAAAUUAUACAACUCAUUCUUCGUUCUAUUUUAACGUGUUCGCCAGUUUUCUGCCUAAAACCUUCAUUCAUUCAUUUCAUUCAUCAUUCAGUGACUAUUGUGUUGGCAUGGCCAAAUUGUGAUGGAAUUUUAUUUGGAAGACAAGGACUAUAUUAUGCAUGAUAGCCGGAAAGAAGAAAAUUAUAUUUGGGAGUCUAGUGUGAGGUUGGCUCUUGUGGGGAGGGAAGAGGAACUCGGGAUGUAUUUGGAGGAGCGAGAGGGAAGGAAGCGGAAGUGGCAGGGCGAGGGGAAGAUGAUGAGGAGGGCUGAAAGCGAGGAGAAGGAACAGCGGAAAAUACCGCCGAAAAAAGUUAUGGCAUCAGCCUUGAGCGAUAUGGGUGGCAGCGGCACCAGCUCCUCGUCAUCACACAUGUCACCAGGUUGGCAGGUCAACGACCUCGAUCUUGAGCUGCCUGGUGAACUGUCUAUGAACGAGGCGCUACUGUCGCUGCCAUCAUUGGCUGUGUUCAAACAAGAAGCACCGUCUCCAACUGGCAACGUGCUAUCCCCGCCACGUCGUGCCUGGCCACCUAGGAGACCUGAUGAGAGACAGAUCACAAGCAUGGUUGUCGACAACAACCGCGAUGCUAUGGAAGAGGGCAGUUGUCAACAGUCACCGUCACACAACGGGAACAUGAUGGUGCAACAUGGCAGUCCAGAAAGCAUGCAGUGCCAGCCUACAAUAGCAGCCGGCACUCUGAUGCCUAUGAACGGAUACCAUUCACCAAGCGCACAGGAGAAUAAAAACGCUGGUCUGUUGAUGUGCUCGCCUGUGGGUUCCCUGGACGGUUUCCUGCACUCCCCCAUACAGACGCGUUCUGAGCCCAGCUUCAAAGACGACACCAGAUUCCAGUACGUGUUAGCAGCAGCGACAUCUAUCGCCACCAAACAGAACGAGGAGACUCUCACGUAUCUGAACCAAGGUCAACCCUACGAGAUCAAGUUGAAGAAACUCGGCGAUCUAUCUCAUUACAAGGGCAAGAUAUUAAAGAGUGUGAUCAAGAUUUGCUUUCACGAGCGUCGCUUACAGUACAUGGAGAGGGAACAGAUAGCCCAGUGGCAUAACGAGAGACCCGGCGAGAGGAUCGUUGAGGUGGACGUGCCUCUGUCAUACGGCGUGAUACGCGUGGAGCAGCCGGCGUGUCUCAACGCCCUCCACGUCUACUGGGACCCGACUAAAGAUGUCGGCGUUUAUAUUAAGGUGAACUGCAUAUCAACGGAGUUUACAGCGAAGAAGCAUGGCGGUGAGAAAGGGGUGCCCUUCCGUAUACAGGUGGAGACUUACCUCGCCAGCGACGAACAUAACCGGCUCCACGCUGCCGCCUGUCAGAUCAAGGUGUUCAAAUUGAAAGGAGCGGACAGGAAACACAAACAGGAUCGCGAGAAAGUUAUGCGCAGACCUCGCACUGAUUUGGAGAAGUACCAGCCGGGAUGUGAAGCCACUGUCCUUACUACGCUGUCAAACGACGCGCUAAUGCCACCGCCAUCGUUAAUCACCACAUCGCCGCCAUAUUCACCGGAGCUGUGUGUGGCCCCGAAGACAGUCGCAAGCCCAAUAGUGGUGAACAAGCCGGUAUUAGCACACAAUGCAAUACUCGCAUCAAACAAUCAAAUGAAGACCUCUUAUUGCCAAGAAACGAAUGAUGUAAAAGUGAACUCGCCGCCGUGUCACUCGCCCGGCGCCAUACUGCCCGACCUACCGCAGCCUGCUGAAGACCCUGAACAGUUCUCGGGUUUGUCGAAAGAAGCCAGCUCGUCUGAGACCCAGGCUUGGUUGGCGAGACACCGUUUCUCUCACCACGCUGCCACUUUCACCAACUUUUCUGGAGCUGAUCUGCUCAGGUUGACUCGUGACGAAAUUAUCCAGAUUUGCGGGCUUCCUGACGGUAUCCGUCUGUUUAACGCUCUGCGCGCCAAACGUAUCCUGCCCCGGCUGACAGUUUUCGUUUGCCCGCCCGCCAGUAAUAUAUACAGCGCGCUCUACCUACACGAAUGCAGAGCGAACGAGCUCCUACAGAAAUUGAACUCUCUCGUCCAUGCCUCUAAGGAGUGUGAGACCGUACUGGUUUCGGGACCGAACGGGGCCCGUGUACGACUCACAGACGACCUCGUUCGUCACAUGCCCGACAACUCGUUCUACCGCCUCGAGAGAGUCGACGACUGCAGCGCUCUACUGCUCUGCCCUACCAAAAAUAACUAAAGGAGCGUGAAGAUAAAAAUAUAAGGUACAAUUUGAAAUGACAACAUUAAUAAAAGAUCUUUGUGAUAUUAAAAAUAUUCCUUGGAAUGUAUGUUCACCACAUGAAAACAAAUUGAACCUUAUAACAAGUUAUCUUUUUAUAAAUGGUAUAUAAGAUCGUAUACGUAAUCAUUAAAUUAUAAAAUCAAAUGUCUUUCUGUCCAUCUCUGUCUUUCUCGCAAAGAAAGAAAGAGAUGACAAUAUAACUAGCUUAAAGGUCAACAAAAAGGGUAGGUAGAUAGAUUUAUUAUACUAUGCUGAUCCUAAGUAAAUUGGGAUCGAAAAUAUAAAAAGAAUGAAAGGGACAAAAAUAAAGAUAAAAAUAUAUCGAUCUCUGUCUAACAAUUUGGGGAUUGAGUGACGUUGUUAAGUACAUAGGCUAUAAGCUCGUACACUCGGUCUAAAACAAAAUAAUAAAGUAUUAAAAUACUGAAAAAAUGAUUUAUAAAUAUUUCUUUGCUGCUGAAAAGGCUAAGAUUUAUAACGCAAGUUUGCGCUAAUUUUGCGCCGAUUUGCGCAUUUUAGCGCAUGUAAUUUGAGACACGAAAUGAUGUUUUUGAGAGGAUUUUUUUGUAACAAUUUGAUUGUGUAAUUGUUAAUAUUGUUUGUGGUUAUAGAGAUUAUUAAAAAUAUCGUCUCUAUAGACACGCAAUUUUGUACACGGAUUUGUAUUAUUAGUUAUUUCAAUGUGAAAAUAACUUUAAGUUACUGACUUGGCCAAAAUUCGUAAAUUUAAUUGCCUUAACUCCAGUUUCACAGUCUAAAAUAGAUGCCUUUCUAGAGAUAUAUAUGGUAUCUGUGUAAAUAAACUGUGAGAUAAGUUAUUGAUUAAUUUAUCAAAGAUUUGUGAAAUUACUUAUAUAGAUGUUUUUGGGGCAUCGGCGCUUUAAAAAGUUCCUGUGUCGCAUAGACAAGGUGUCCAUGUCAUUGUAGAGCAAAAAAAAUAAAAAAAACUACAAUGUAUUGGAUAUGAUUUUGUAUUUAAAGCUGGUCUUUUAAUAUCUAAAGUAUUAAAAAAAUACUUUCAAAGCGUCCAAUGACGUGAAUGCCCUAGGUGAAGAGAGAGAGAGUGUCAGACUCUUACUGACUAAAAACCACCUCACGCCUUCUCCUACUCUGAUCAGGGCAGCGGUUGGACCUAUGGUAGUCUGUUUGCUCUAUGUAGCAGAAUAUAUACCAAGGCAAAUAAAUAAAAACCCAAAUUUGGUAAAAUAGGAACUGAAAGUGAAGGAAUGUUUUCUUUUAUAUAGGGGGCCAUGUGGAAUAAUUGUUUGUCAUUUUUAUAUCAUAUCAUAAACGUCAUUGUAAUUCAUUUUUUCUAGAUUUAUCUAUACCAUGUACUAUGUAGUAUUUUAUAUAAUGUUUGACGAAUUAUUUUAAAGAACUAGUUUGCAAGAAUUUUUUUAUGUCUAGCGGUUUAAGGAAUGCGGAUGUCGUGUUUAUAAAUGUAAUAAAGAGUGAUAUCUAUCUGUUAUUUAGUUAAGAUUCAUUGCUUAUUACAGUUCACUGAGUAAAAUUACUUUUAUUAGACUAAGUGUGUCAGAUAGUCGAUGAAGAGAGGUCUCUUCCAACCAAACAAUAGAGUCAUUUAGGAAGCCCUAUGUUCUUAGAAUUCUUUGCUGACAUAAAAAUGUAGAUUCUUGUCAAAAUAGUUUUAAUUUGUCUAAUGUUAUAUAAUUAAAUAAUAUAUCUACGUGUAUCUAAAUGUUAUAGUUUAUAAGAAUUUACAUGCAGUUUAUUGAAACUGUGAUUAGAAAUAAAAAUACUCUAUUUUAUUUGAAUGUAUUUUUGCGAUAAUGAAAACUGUAUUUUUGCAAAAAGCUGUGGUAAAUUUAAAAAUGUCAUUUUUAUCGAAAACUAGCUGUUUUAGUCUAUUUCACUUGCCUAAUAGUAUUUAUUUAUUUAAUAAUUUUUGUACACACAGUAAGUUGGACAAGAAAAAUAAUACAACAAUUAGGUCCAAAGGCACAGCUUAUUUCUUUAGAAAUCUCUUCCAGCAGGCCCGUAGUAUGUUUAAGACUGGAUGCAAAAGCAUUUCCAAUCUAAUAAAUAAGCACAAUAAAUUUGUUCCAAAAAUCAGUUUUCAUUAUUGUAAAAGUUAUCCAAUGUUUCAUUAUGGAGUCUGUAUGAAAUAUAAUUUGAGCAGGAUUUGCACCUGUUUUAGUCUAACUAGUAUAAUUGUGUAUAACGAUAAGCUUAGUUUUUGUUGUACUGUUAUUGAUAGCGAGUCUGAUGUUUUUCUAAUUAGUCUUGUAAAUAUGUAUUGUAUAUCUAAUUGUUGAUUGGACAGUCUACUAUCAAAUGCUACAGAAAAUAUAUCAAAAGAUAUUAAUACCAUGCCAAAUAUAAUUAAGAAGCAACAAAUCCAAUAUAAUUGGUAAUUAUAAUUUGUAAGACUCGCUACGUAUCUGUGUCGUUAAAAUAGGCAGCUACUCAAUGUAUGUUUAUUUAACUUUAACUUUGGUUGUUAUGUUAUAGUUAUCAGAUUAUAAAUGUUAUUUAGAUAUAAAUAUGUUUAAGUAACGCCUCGAUUCGGCAUUAAUGUUGUUUUAUUAUUAAUUAAGUUUAUUUACUGUUAAUUUAGGGGACUCUUACUCUAGUAAUGACCCCCAUAAGUUGGGACUUUUGACCCCGAAAACUUGGGGUCUUUUGACCGCGAUAUCUUGGGGUCUAUUGACCUCGAUAAUUUGGGGUAUUUGACCCCAAGAACUUGGGACUUUGGACCCCAAAGAACUUGGGACUUUUGACCCCAAGAACUUGGGGACUUUGGGACCCCGAUAGAUUUGUCAACUUGAAAAGUUAAAUGGUGCCUUAAAAAGUGCCUAACACGACCUCUGAGGUCAGCGCUGUUGCAUCACGGAGUAUUAAAAUAAAUAUUGUAUAAGAUUUUAUAUUAUAAUUGAAAAUAAGAUAUUAUGUUGCAUGAAUUAGUUUUAGUCAAUGUAUGAAAGUAUAGUCAAUAAAUAAAUGUAUAAAAGGCGAAUAUUUUGUUUUAAUUUUUUACUAGCUACUCCCGCGCUGUAUCACUCGCUGCUCGGCUCCUUUCGAUUGCAGCUAAGUGAAAGAAUUUUGGGAAUCCG